GGGGGGCGUGGAGUCCUGCUUUCUGCACAGAAAUCCACUCCAGUGCUUUAGGGCAGCCAUCAUAGUGUUCAUUAUUGUGUACAGCUGAGGGAGGAAGAAAAAAAAGAGGGAGCUGACCGGGGAAAGAAAACCUGUCUCUUUGUGUGAGAAGGACCCACCAGGAAAGUGUUUUUCGGAUAUAUAUAUAUACAUAUAUAUAUCUUUUUUUUCUUUUGUCUUUUUGGAGGUUUUUGCCACAGAAAGGCUCCUCUCCCUGAGCUUGUCCACUUUCAUGUCUGCCAAAGCUGUCUUACACUAGACUGACGCACAAGUAUGCUCCUCCAGCCAGCAAAACAGCGACACCCAGGCUUCUCCUGAUAAUGAGAGCCAACGUCAGACUGGUUUCCAUGAAUAUUGAUGUGGAGCAUAGACUGUUUCAUAGAACAGAAGGAGGCAAGAUGGCUGCCCUUUAGGAUUUGUUAAAGAGGCGAUCCAGACAAUUUGCUGGAAUUUCUACAAAGUGGAGGGACAUAAAAAGAAGGUGGGACAGAGGGCAGCCUGGUGUAUGGGCUCUGAGCAGGCCAGAUGGAAACAGAAGAGGCCACACAUGAGGCGGAAGAAAGUCUGAUGUUGGGACAGUUCGGAACAUCUCGGCACAGUUCUCACAAAUUCCAGAAUGGAGCCCGGUUUUCACAGGAGGAUUCUCUGCAGAUCAGCGACGGUGAGAGCUGGAUUACGGACGCGGUGCAUCACGACCCCUGCAAAGCCGUUGGCUCCAUGAAGAGGUACAGGGAGAACUGCAACGCCCCAGCUUCAGAGCAAGCAUUGUUCCAACAGGGGUUCUACAAGAUGAACGGAGAUUUAAUGAAUGGGGAGUUGAAGCAUGGAUUCACUGAGCAGUCCUUACUGGUCCACCAGCCUAAGAAAAUGAAAGUAGAUGCUGAAAUGAAAGAAAACUGUGACUCAAGCUAUAAUUUGGUGAAAAACUUAUCUGAGUCAACAAAGAAAACUGAAAUGGAACACACUUCUGCUCAGACUGAUAUUAAUUUUGAAAUAAGGAACUGUCAUAUAUCUAAUGGAGAUAUUUUCAGUCUACCACGAAAUAAGCCAGUUCCAAAUGGUGCUGUAUCAUCUUCCUCAACCAUAGAAAGCAUUCCAGGUGAUCUUUUGGAAAAAACCUUGUCUCAGUAUUAUCCUGAGCAAGUGUCCAUUGCAUCACAAGCAUCUGGAUCACAGCUAGAUACUGUCAACGACUCAUUGGCCACACACUCGGCCAGUGAAGGUGCUCAACCCCCUACUGUAAUCUCAGGGUUGCCAGAGUCACAGCAGCAGCCGCCUGCAGCAUCUGCAGAAGGCCUGAACAGCUACAACUCUGGCAACUAUUUAGUAAAUGGAUAUUCCGGUAAUUUUGGAGUAAACCACCAUCAGCAACAUCCUCCAUCUUGCUCUGGUCAGGAGAUAGCUCUGGGGGCACAACAACAUCCCAAUGGGGCACAAUUCUUUCCAGAUGACACAAACCCUCAAGGAACAUAUACAAAACCCCAGAAGAAGUACAACCCAAGGUCUUUUCUUACCCAUCGUAAUCCCUUACAGACCGCAGAGGCAGCCGGAUAUGGAUCCCUUCCUAAUUCUGGCGUACAUGAGAACAGCCAAAGUGACAAACAUGCCGCUGCUCUGCACCAUGACACCAGCAUAGGACUCCAGUAUAGGACACAAACUCAAAACUUUCAGGAUAAUGCUGGGGAACAACAUGAUGGCCACCUGGGAGCCAGUCUCCAGCAGCAAAAUCACUUAGGGUCAGUAAACAGUAUGGAGAACACACAUCAACAGAGAGCCACUCCCAGCCAAACUAACUGGAUAGAAAUUAAUCUUUCACAUUCCCAUCAGCAGCCGAUACACUCCCCAUCAUCCCAGGCAAAAGAGCAAGGCAUGUGGAGGGACAUUCCUGCAAAGUCUAAGUCAGAACAGCAGACCACCAGCCCCCAGGUAAUGGAGCCAAACCCAGUGCAAAGGUACAGGAAAACACAUACACAAGGACCUUUCACAGAUACCAGCCAAGGGUCUAACAGCUCCCAGCAAAAACAGCAGGACUUUCUACCUGCUCAGAUGCAAUGUGCUUCAGUUCAGCACAACACUGCCCCUGAGUGGCAGCAGUCCAACUCUAAAGCACCUCAGAUGCAGCAACAUUUGCUCCAGAAAACGCCUGAGACUAAAAACUUCCCUCAGAAUCAGCAAUCUAACUGCUACCUCUCCCCGAUGGAAUCAGAGCACUUACAUGAGGACAAAGACUUGGAGGAGAUACUGUCAGCAGAGUUUGUGACAACACAGCAACAGCACUGUCAUCUUCAACGCCCGCUGUCCCACCCACCACAGUUUGAAGCUCAGCAGCUCAAGUCCCCCACUUACAGACCACGCAGCCAGCCUCCACCAGGUCAACACCAGCCUCAACCAGACCAGCCUUUCAGUAACAACCAUCAGCACACUGACCAAUCAGCAUUUACCUACAGUAACACAGAGAUGCAACAACAACAACAUCAAAGACAGUGUCUUGUAAACUCAGGCAGCCAAAACCUCAAACAGUUUCAACCACAGCAGCCUAACACCCACUGCCACGAGCCCAACCACGUGGACUUAGCCCAGACCUCUUCACAGUCACAACCUCACUUUCCGCAGGGUCUGUGUAACCAACAGUCAGCGACACGGAUGUUUCCCAAAGCUGAAGAGCAGGCAAAGGCCUCUUGUUCUCAGUUCCAAACAGGACCUCGACUACCUCUGGGACCAGUAGGUCCCCACGUUGAAUUUCAGAGGCAUGCGGCUCUGCGCAUGCAUAUAUUACAAAGGCAGGAACGGCACGGCCCUCCUCACCCCCCUCAAAGCCCCUUUGACCCUAAACAAAACCUGAGAGCUGUAAAAAUGGAAAACGGCCCCAGAUUCGAGCUGGCUGCCUCCCGGCAGCAGGAACAGCUGUUUCAGACCCGUGACCCAGGGAUGGGUGGGGUUCAAAUCAAGCAGGAAAAUCAACAGUCCCUGUGUGUUCAAAACAAGAAGCCAGGGAGCAUCCUCGCCAAUAUGGAACAAAGUUUGAGGCAGUACGAACUCUCAAAUCUAUUUGAGAAGAAACCCCACGUCUCCAGUUCAUCUAGUAAAGUCAAGGUGGAAUCCUCAGGGCCUGUAACAAUCCUAUCAACCAACAUGGAUAUGACUGGGACAGACUCAUCAGCCACAGCAGCUUCGUCCACUUUAGCUCUGAAAAAGACGCUUGACUCCACUCCCAAGAAGGAACAACUCCUGAAAAGUUUCAUAGACUCCCCCAUGAAGCUGUUAGACACCCCUGUAAAGAAUCUUCUGGACACUCCCAUGAAAACCCAAUAUGAGAUCCCAUCAUGCCACUGUGUGGAUCAAAUCAUUGAGAAGGAUGAGGGUCCAUAUUACACUCAUCUGGGAUCAGCACCUACUGUCGCUGGCAUACGGGAAAAAAUGGAGAACAGGUCUGGCCUCAAUGGGCGAGCCAUCAGGAUUGAGAAAGUAAUUUACACUGGCAAGGAGGGGAAAAGUACACAAGGAUGCCCCAUAGCCAAAUGGGUGAUUCGACGAGGCAGUGUGGAGGAAAAGUUACUGGUUUUGGUGCGUGAACGUACUGGUCACAGAUGUGACACCGCCUGCAUCGUAAUUGUAAUCCUGGUCUGGGAAGGCAUCCAGCCCAGUUUGGCCGACCGCCUCUACCUCGAGCUGAGUGAAACUCUGACAAAACAUGGAGCUCAUACGCAGAGGCGCUGUGCUUUCAAUGAGGAGAGGACCUGUGCAUGCCAGGGCUUCAAUCCUGAAGCCAGCGGUGCAUCUUUCUCUUUUGGCUGCUCUUGGAGCAUGUACUAUAAUGGCUGCAAGUUUGCCCGGAGCAAAAUCCCAAGGAAGUUUAAACUAUUAGGAGAUGAUGUGAGAGAGGAAGAGAACCUUGAGAAAAAUCUUCAAAAUUUGGCAUCAUUACUGGCUCCCUUGUAUAAAAUUAUGGCACCUGAAGCAUAUGGAAACCAGGUUGAACAUGAGCACAGGGCCCCUGAUUGUCGUCUGGGGCUCAAGGAGGGACGGCCUUUCUCCGGAGUCACGGCAUGUUUGGACUUUUGUGCCCAUGCUCACAGAGACCUUCACAACAUGCAGGGAGGAAGCACUGUGGUGUGUACAUUAACAAGGGAGGAUAAUCGAGAAAUUGGAAAAAUCCCAGAGGAUGAACAGCUCCACGUCUUACCUCUUUAUAAGGCUUCUAACACUGACGAGUUUGGCAGUGAAGAGGGCCAGCAGGAAAAAAUAAAAUCAGGGGCCAUUCAAGUCCUCAGUGCCUUCCGUCGCCAGGUGCGCAUGCUUGCAGAGCCCGCCAAGUCUUGCCGGCAGAAGAAGCUGGAUGCGAAAAAGGCCGCCGCCAACAAGAAUGCUGCGCUGGAAAGCUCAAACGAAAAGGCAGAUAAGGCCCUUCUGGCCAAGUCAAAAGCUGGCACUUAUGAGAACACUAUUCAGAGCACUCCAUUUACAGGUGCCAUGGGAGUACCCCUGCAGGCAGGUCACCCAUCAUACCCCCUUGGGGUCAUGUCACAGGAAAUUAAGCAACAACAGCACCAGGGUGUGUUCCCCGCUCACACCGCCUCACCAAACGCUGCUCUCCCAAGGUUCACCAACAGCACCGGCUCUUUUCCAGGCCCUCCGAAGCCAGGAAGCAUUUACACACCACAGCCAUCGACACCAGUCGACCCUUACCUUCCUUCACUUCCACACUCUUACAUGAAUGGGCCAAAUCGUCCACAACCAGGUCACCAGUGUAACGGAGGAAUGCCUGUUGAAAGAUACCAUCCAUUCUAUGCGUCAAACCAAAACCAGCUGGAUAUCUAUCGCCAACAGCGGCCACCGCUUUACCCCGAGCAGCAGUAUGGUGUCCAACAACGCUUUGAGUUCACUUAUCCAUCUAGGUACAGUCAACCAGGCUUCCAGGUUAAUGGUUACAGUGCCAUGCAACAACCUCAGCCCAUAAGACAUUAUGGUCCUUUCGGCCACAGCAGAAGCUCAGAUGCCCGGGUUAUUGACCCCCUAUCAGGAGCACCCUCUGUUCAUGGUGGCAUAGAGUAUGCACUUGCUGUAGGCAAAGGCAGUCCGUUUGGAGAAUACCCAAAUCCAUAUAUGCCUCAGAGCCCACACAUCCCAGGCCAAGAUGCCUUCCAUAUGCAAAUCAAGACAGAGAUGGGCUUGCCUAGCCCUCAGAUGCUGCCAGCUCAGAUCAGUAGUGGCUGUUUAAACCCCGAAACACAGGCAGGGUUGUGUCUUCCCAACGGUGGCCCCAUGGGGUCCGUUAUUAAGCAGGAGCCUGGAAUGCCACCGACACCCACAACCCCAAAAAAGCCAGAAAUGUGGUCGGACAACGAGCACAACUUCUUGGAUCCGGAGAUUGGGGGUGUGGCUGUGGCCCCAAGUCACGGUUCGGUCCUCAUCGAGUGUGCGAAACGGGAGCUGCACGCCACAACACCCCUCAAAAACCCAGACCGCAACCAUCCAACGCGGAUUUCCUUAGUCUUCUACCAGCACAAGAACCUGAACGAGGCAAAGCACGGGCUGGCGAUGUGGGAGGCAAAGAUGGCAGAAAAAGCUCGAGAGAAGGAGGAAGAAGCCGAGAGGAACCGCGGGGAAGGGACUCCGAGCAAGAGCAGCAAGAAGGGGGGGAAGCGGGAGCAUUCAGAGUCUUCAGAGACCACCGGGGAACCUCCAUACAAGCGUUUCAUCAAAGCACUAAUGGAAGGAUCGUCAUCAUCGUUCACAACUAAUACUCACGUCAUGACAGCUCCAUAUGCAUUCACCAAGGUCACAGGGCCUUACAGUCAGUUUGUGUAGAAAACAACCUCUAAGGAGCCUGAAGGUGCUACAACACAAUCCACAUGCAACAAAUCACUAACAGCAGCCUUGUGAUGAAGAAACAAAUGUGCUAUGUUUCUCACCUCUCACACAACUGAGCUUCACUAGUUGAUCCUACUGAGGACCUGGUAACUCUUGCAAUAUACCAGAAAAAAAUAUGUGGUGCUUUCAGUCCAACACACAAGGAUCUUUUUCAGCUGGAAACAAAGUUUCAUUUACAGCAGCUUUAUUUUUCUUACAGAAUUUCUAAUCUUUGCAUAAAACACUGACUUUGCAAAGUCCAGGACUCGUGGUGCUGAAAAGUUUGCCCAUCCCCACUUUUCUUUAUUCAAAUGCCUUUACACUAAAACAAGAAUACACUCUACAAGAGACUCCCAGAUAGUGUACUGGACACUGGUUCACCUGACAGUGAAAUCAUGAGCAUCUCCAUCAUUUUUAAGAAGUCAGUGUUUCUUGGAGCACUUUUUUUAAUCAUUCGAGUUCAUGUUUCUGACAUCAUGAAAAUAAAAUCUACAAUGGGGUUAUGCUGUAUACAAAAAUGUGCAGGCGCAACUCAGUAAAUUAGAAUAUCGUCAAAAAUGUAACACAUUUUUGCAAUUCAGUUCAAAAACGUGAAACUCGUUUCAUAGGUCCGUUACUCAGUGGUGUAUCUUAAUUGUUUAUUUCUAUUAAUUUCAAGGAUUAAGGCUUAGAGCUAAUGAAAACCCAAACUGCAGCUUCUCAGAAAAUUAGAAAACUACAUAAAGUCAAUUAAAAAAGCAUUUUUAAAACAGAAACCUGAGCAUGUUCAAAAUUGUCUUGGUUGAGGCUUUUUGCUUUAAUUUCUGCAUCAGUGCAGUGUGGCAUUAAGCUCAUAAUGCUUUAAUAGCAGCCUUCAGAUCCUCUGCAUUGGUGGGUGUGGUGGUUCUGGUUCUGUAGGUGUUUUAGGUCAGUAAAACCAUGGUUAUUAAAACAAGUUGGUACCGUUGGCAGUGUGAGCAAGAUUUCUUUGAUGAUUGCAAUGACUGGACUUGAUAAAACACCAGUUGAUCACUGAAUCUGGAAACUUCACAUUACCCCUCAAGAGCUUGGAUUUUAAAGGAUGUAGUUAUCCCAAUUCUUUGUGCACCUUUUUUUCCUACCACACUUUUCCUUCCACUCAACUUUACAUCAAUAUGCUUAGAUAUUAAUUAGUAAUUUGCCCUUCUUGUGGAGGGUGCCAAAUAGAAAUGGGGCUGUUAUUUUAAUGUGAAAAAGUUUUAUCAUGAAGAUAAAAGGGAUUUAUUGUGAUAAUCUCUUAGUAUUUUAUGUAGCAAACCCUAAAAAUGGUCUGCGAAGAUUUUAUCUAUAGUGGUAUUUAUGUUUUGUGGGGCUUUUACUAUAUGCAUUGACACACAGUUACAGCUGUAGUCUAUUAGUAGUAGUCCUGCUAUUCAUUUUUAAAUAUAUUUUUGAAUACUUUUUGAGAAUAUCAGCAGCAUGUUUUAUAAUUUCUAUCAUUAUUGCAGCAACUCACGAAGUCCACAUGCUUGUGAAGGCUUGAUGAUAUUCAUCAUCGUAGCAUUUCUGUUUUAAAAAUCGUUUUUUAAUCCGUCUAAAGUAAAACAAGCUGAAUAUUAUUUUAUUUUUUAUUGGCUCCCAGCCAUACAUAAUCAAAAUUACCUGAAAAAUGCUUGACAUAUAACCCAUUUCACAUUUUGUAUUGAAUUAUUGGAAUAAUUUUUUAAUGAUAUUCUAAUUUAAGGAAAUGCAUCUGUACUACUUGAUUCAAGACAUGCAAAAAAAAAAAGGUUCAACUCGUUGGCAUAUUGGUGCUUUUAUCACUCUCCGACGUCACUUAUACUGUAAAAUUGAGCCAUUCAGGUGGUGCAUUUUAAACAUUUUGAGACAAAAGUACAUUUUCUCUUUAGUUUUAAGCAAGUUUUACUUUGCUGUUCUUUGUGACUGUUUUUAUAGCUCUUAGCUGUAGGUUUGCCGAACAUCCUGGCUUGUGAAUAUUACAUGUAGUUUUUACGUGUGUGGUGCUCAGUAAAUGUGCUUUUUAUACACUGAGGAACAUAAAAACAGGGUAAGCUCAGUGUCAGAGGGCAGCUGGCUUGCUGUUGUGAUCGAACUAAGAUGAAAAGGUGAGAUUUGUACAGUAAGUUAAUUACCCAAAUUGGACUUUUGGGAUUUAUGUUGUAAAUUGUACCGAGUGUCAUUGUGUUUUCUUUAGGUUUCAACUCAUUUUAUUUUAACCAGGUGCUAUUCAGCCUCGUAGAAAUGUACAAUGUGAAACUUCUGGAUAAAAUAAUGUACAGUAAAAAAAAAAAAAAGAAAAACCUGCCAAAUACCUCAAAACUAGCUCGGCAAUAGGAUUAUUACAUAUCUUUCAUCGUUGUGUUCUACUUUGACAAUAUUAGGCCACCAGAAGGCAAAAUGAAGCUCUUUUGUUUCUACUUUCAGUGUGCUUCGAAAGUAUUGAUUGAAAUUUAACAUUACUGUAAAAUCAGGGACAUUUUUAACUAAUUUUGUAUGCAUCAUCAAGCCUUAUUUUUACAGUCUGACUCGCUAUAGCCUCCUGAAUCCUGUUUGGGUUCUUGUUUAAUAGAUUUCACACAAAUUCAAAUGAAAAAAAAAAAAAAAAAUAGAUACUAUCCUGCAAAAUUUCUACUUCUAUUUUAGCUAGAGGGUAUUUUCUUCAAAAAUGAAUCGACAUAAAUGCACUGAGUUGACAAAAGGGAAUGAUGUUGAUCAAGUGAAAGCAAUCUGUUUGCUUUUGUUAUUAAGACCAGAGCAGUGAUUAAUGUGCAGUGAUUAGAAAAUUUUAUUUAUAACCACUUAGCAACUGUUUAAUUAUUUGUUCCACCUAAUUAAGGCAAUUUAAUUGAAUAUCAGUCGUAUUUUAGCUAAAGCUCUCUCCAAUUCGUUCUCAUAUUGAUUUCUUUGAAAGCACUUCAUUUACUUUUCAGGAAAAGAUGUAGUAACAAAAUAAAAUGUUUUAUUUAAACAAAUUGUACAUGUGUUUAAAAGAUAAAUUAUGUUGCAUUGUAUAUAGCAAGAAUUUGUAUUGCCGGAGUAAAACUCACUGAUUUUCAUGUUAAGCUCUUUUUGCUUUGUCAAAUUGACCCAUGGCUCCACAAAUAUGAUCUUUAAAAUAAAAAUGAAUAACUGGAGGAUUUUCAGGCGAAUAAAAAGAUAACAGAUUAUCCAGGAAGUUUUUUUUGUUUGUUUUUGUUUGUAAAUACUACACUCACUUUCACAGCAAUGUUUACAGUUUGAUGCUAGCUCAGUCAUUUAGAGGCUCUAGUUUUUAAUCGUUUUAUAAAACGGAUCUUCAUAUUAAAAAAAACAAAAUGAAAGAAAUGUUGAAUAUCGUUGCACAGGACCCAGCUACAGUAGCAGGUUGUCGAUGAGAAAGCCGAGGCACCAGAAGCGGGUUAAAGCAUAGCCAUACUUGAAGAUGCUUCAGUGUUUCUGAGUGAGUCAACUUUACUUGAAUGACUUUCCUGACUUAACCUGUGCUUUUCAUGUGCUGAACUCAGCAAGGUUAGGCCAGCAGUUCGUACACACUUGGGUCUUUUUGCAGUUAGACACUAAAAGAAAAACCAAAAAGUAAAAACAAAAAAAAUAAAAAAAUGUUGCCCAAGUUCUCUUGAAGUUUAGUAUGCUAAAACAAUGAAAUGCAGUUGGCUGUUAAUACUGUAAGUAUUGUAAUGGAUGCAGUUUAUUUGAAAGCUGUUAAUUGUAUCAUUCCUGAUGUUGCUGACAUGUGGGUGUUCCUUUUUUUUUUUAAUAAAACUUAUAUUUAUUUAAAGCAA